CCCCCCCCUCUCUUGAUCAUUUUUUGAACGUGGACUUGUCAUUCUUUUCCAAUUCCCGUUCCUUGCAGUCACUCCCUCUUUACGACUUUUAACUCACCUUCGUCAAUCUCUAUCACACUACCACCAUCACCAUGCACUACACCACUUUGGCUGCCAUGGCCCUCGCGGCCUCCACUGCCGAGGCUGUCUCCCAGGGUUUCAACUACGGCAACAAGAAGGCCGACGAGAGCUCCAUGUUCCAGGCCGACUUCGAGGCCUCCUUCAAGACUGCUAAGGGUCUGGUUGGCACUGACGGUGGCUUCACCAGCGCUCGUCUCUACACCAUGAUCCAAGCCUACAGCACCAACACCCCCAUCGAGGCCAUCCCCGCUGCCAUCGCCCAAGACACCUCCCUCCUCCUCGGUCUGUGGACCUCCGGUGGUGGCAUGGCCAACGAGCUCGCCGCCCUCAAGUCCGCCAUCUCUCAGUACGGUGAGGACUUCACCAAGCUGGUCGUCGGUAUCUCCGUCGGCAGCGAGGAUCUCUACCGCAACUCCGUCGAGGGUGUUGAGGCUGACGCCGGUGUCGGUGUCAACCCCGACGAGCUCGUCGAGUACAUCCAGCAGGUCCGCGACCUGAUCGCCGGCACCGGACUGGCGGAUGUCCCUAUCGGCCACGUCGACACCUGGGACUCCUGGACCAACACCUCCAACGCGGCGGUCAUUGAGGCCGUCGACUGGCUCGGUUUCGACGGCUACCCGUUCUGGCAGUCGACUUUCGAGAACGACAUCAGCAACGCCAAGCAGCUCUUCCUCGACUCGUGGGAGAAGACCAAGGCUGUUGCCGGCAGCAAGGAGGUCUGGAUGACCGAGACUGGAUGGCCCGUCAGCGGUGACUCUGAGGGUGAUGCGGUUGCCAGCGCCGCCAACGCCAAGAUCUACUGGGACGAAGUUGGUUGCCCUCUGUUCGGCAACACCAACACCUGGUGGUACAUCCUCCAGGACACCGACGGUGCCACCCCCAACCCUAGCUUCGGGGUUGUUGGCAGCACCCUGAGCACCACUCCUCUGUACGACCUGUCUUGCAAGAACUCUACUUCCUCCGCCACCUCGACUGCUUCUUCGUCUUCUGCCUCUGCCACCGCUUUCUCUGGUAAGACUACUGGCUCUUCCAGCUCCGGCUCCGGCUCCAGCUCCGGCUCCGGUUCUUCCGCCUCUGGCUCUGGCUCCUCUGCUUCCGGCUCUGGCUCCUCUGGCUCCUCUGGCUCCUCCGGCUCCGGCUCCGGUGCCUCUGCUUCCGGCUCUGGUUCCAGCUCUGGCUCCAGCUCUGGCUCCAGCUCUGGCUCCAGCUCUGGCUCCAGCUCCGGCUCUGGCUCCGUCUCUGGCAGCUGGGGUGGCCGCAACGGCACCUGGGGCAGCCACGGCAACGGCACUUACCCCGGCUUCCGCCCCUCCGCCAGCUCCGGUCUGACCCCCUCCGCCAGCGCUGCUGCGGGUAGCUCCGGUUCCUCCAGCUCCAGCUCCGGCUCCGGCUCCGGCUCUGGCUCCAGCACCGGCACCUCCGCUGCCGCCGCUUCCUCCUCCGGCCUCUUCACCGGUGGCUCCGGCCGUGUCCUCCCCGGCUCUCUCCUCGGUGCCGUUGUCGGCAUCCUCGCCCUGGCUGUCUUGUAAAUUUAGCUUAGCUCAGCGAUGAAGGAAUGAGGGGGUUGUUCGCCGCAGUAUGCAGUAUAGACCGUUUUUCUCUUCGUGUACACUUUUAGGACGUUCGUUUAAUUCAAUGAUGCCGGUUGUAUGUCGACUGUCUCCAGUAUAGUACAAUGCACGCACGAAUUGAUCAUUCUUGGCUGAAUCACGAGUACCAGUAAACAAUGUGCCUCUCACUGGACUGGACGAUGAGUCUUCUCCCAUCCGACUUCGACAGAUACAGAAACCACCGAAAUCACGACUCCGUCUUUCUUGCCUUGAGACUCCCCUGUAAACAGCCCACCACAUCCUCCACCGUCUUCCCGCGCUGUCUCAGCUCCCCAGCCUUCUGCUUCUCCAGCCCCAGCACCGGAUCCGCCGCCACAGCCUGAUACACCUCGGCGACCCCAUUAAAC